AUGAUCAACUCAACGCAGGUUUCAUAUUUCACACUUAGUGCCUACUUUAACACCGGGGUUUUUAAAUACUUAUUUUUCAUGAUGGUUUUGUCUUGGUAUGUUGUUAUUGUUUGUUCCAAUCUUUUUCUGAUUGCGGUUAUCUGUAUGAACAGAAGCUUACAUGAACCUAUGUACCUUUUUCUGUGCAGCCUGUUUGUAAAUGAACUGUAUGGUAGUACAGGGUUGUUUCCAUUCCUUCUGGUUCAGAUCCUUUCUGACGUUCACACUGUUUCUGUGCCCUAUUGUUUCCUGCAGAUUUUCUGUUUGUAUUCUUAUGCUUGUGUGGAAUUUUUCAAUUUAACCAUCAUGGCUUAUGACCGAUACCUUGCUAUCUGUUAUCCUCUACAAUAUAACACACGUAUGACGUCAAACAAGAUUACAGUACUUAUUGCUCUCAUAUGGUCCUAUGGUUCUGUUUUAUGUAUUGUUCCAGUCAUAUUGAGUAGCUCUUUACAGCUGUGUGGAAACAUCAUUAACAAAGUGUACUGUGACAACUACACCAUUAUGAAACUGGCAUGCUCUUAUACAACAGCCAGCAACAUCUAUGGACUCUUAGCUACUUGUCUCACCAUUGCAUGUCCCGUAUCUCUAAUCCUUUACACUUACAUGAGGAUUCUUAAAGUUUGUUUCUCUGGUUCUAAACAGACCAGACAGAAAGCUGUCAGUACCUGCACACCUCACAUCGUUUCUCUGCUCAACUUUUCUUUUGGAGCUUGUUUUGAAAUCUUACAAAGCAGAUUUAAUAUGAACGGUGUUCCCAACAUGUUGCGUAUUUUUCUAUCAUUAUACUGGCUUACAUGCCAACCGCUCUUAAACCCUUUGCUAUAUGGCCUGAAUAUGUCCAAUAUCCGUAUCCUAUGUAGACACAUUUGUUGA